CCACGGUCGAGAAAACAAGACCAAAUUUAGACUUGACGGAAUUAAGACGAGUCAUUGAGGAGAUAGAAAAAAUUAAGUACGACAACAUAAAAAAAACUUGUUCGGUUAUAGAACCAUUCAA